GAUCAGUUUGCAACUGUAUUUGAAUUCACGGGAAGGCACGGCAGGAGUGUACCAUUGGACAAGGUGUACUGGGUCUGGAUACUAAUAACAUACCAACUGAAAAUGUACAGAUUUGAAAACAAAUUUGUGGUCUGGACUAACAUCCUCCUUGUAUGUCUUUCCAUUGGAUACGUAUCAGCGAACAACUGUGAUGUGAUUGUGUCCAGCCGUCACGGCAAUUCCAAAAAUGGAACAUUCCAUUCUCCAAAGUCCAAAAUUACCGGUAAUUACCCCAGCAAUUCACACUGUAUCUACAAGUUCAUUGGAUGGGCUACAGAAAGAGUGAAAAUCCGGUUCACUAAGUUCGAGUUACAAGGGAGAGCACCUGCGUGUGACCAUGACUACUUGGACAUCUACACACAAAUAAAGAGUGAACGGGAAACAUUGAAUCUCCUAGAUGCUCAGCUGGCUGGUCGCUUCUGUGGAGAUUUACUUGGGAGUUUACAAAACUUAAUUGUGUCUACCAAAAAUUUCAUCGUCCUCUCCUUCUAUACAGACGCUACAAAGGAGCAUACAGGCUUCACAGGAUACUAUGAGUUCUUUGAUGCUUCAGUAUAUGAUAUAGGAACAGAGGCGCCACCAGCCAUGUGCGGCUACACCAUCCGCAGCGAGAACAGGAAGACGGGUUUCAUCAUGUCCCCUACAUUCCCGGGCAUGUAUGCAGACAACAUGUUCUGCUACUACAAGCUGCAGGGCAAGGCCGGGGAGAGGAUCAAACUCCACUUCAUCGAGUUCUCCCUCUACCAUGGAGAGGAAUACUGUCCAUACGAUUACGUGAAAAUCUAUGAUGGCUAUACAAAUGAUGCCCCUGUGAUUGGCACGUUCUGCGGCAACUAUGACAAUAGCACAAUCCUUUACUCUUCUGGAGAAGCACUGCACAUAGAGUUUCUUACAAGUCAAGGGAGAGUGUUAUUUGACAAGCAGCCUCUUGAAAACAGUGGUGAUUUAACAGUGCCAAGAAAAGGAUUUAACAUAACAUAUAACUUCAGUGAUCAGAUUGUCAAGUUAGACUUUAUCCUACCUGAUGCAGAACACUUAAUAGGAACAGAAUGUGACCAACGAAUAAUGAGUAAGCAAGAGACCAAUGGCACAAUAAAGUCCCCCAAUUAUCCGGCCUCCUUCCCUCAAAACAUCACCUGUCGGUACUACCUGGAUGGCCUUAUGGACAGACAGCAUCUGGAGAAAGCUAGGAUAUUAUUCUUCGACUUCGACAUACCAGGGAAUAUGCCUUAUUGUGCACUCGGAUACGUUGGUCUGAAUGAGGAUAGUCGCCUGAAGGAUGGAACCGUGAAGGAGAAAUUCUGCGGGACACUGCGACCCCCACCUCUGACGAGUCAAGGUCCCCGUCUAGUCCUGACCCUGGACACUCGAGGGGCUGUCCAAGGCGGGCGCUUCAUGUCCAAGUACAAGUUUAUUACAGAUUAUUCAAUCCCAGGGACCCAGAUCUCAGAGGAUUAUGCAAUCCCAGGGACUCCCAUCUCAGAAGGCCAGUGCAAGUUCUUGUAUGAUGACACCAGUGGCCAGUCUGGGACAUUCAAUACACCGCGUCACCCUGGCAACUACCCGACCGAUCUCACCUGUGAAUACAUCUUCCGCCCUGGCCAUGACGUCUUCGUUCUUAUAUCAUUCGAUACAUUUGAUCUAGAUGCAAGACAACCGAACCAGCUGGGGUGCCUGGGAAGAGACUACCUGGAGAUUUAUGAAGAGGGAUAUACCAAAAAUAACUUCUCCCUUGUGGAGAGGCAUUGUGGCACAAUAGCUCCUGGCCCUUUUACGUCGUCAAGGGUGGUGAAGAUUGUCUUCCAUUCCAACAAAUCCAUUACCAAGAUGGGCUUCAAGGCCAGAUACUACUUCCAAACAAAGGAGGAGAUAUAUGGAAAAUGUGGAAAGCAUGUAAUAAACAGUCAGGGAUCAGGAGGAAUAAUAAAAAGUCCUGACUAUCCUCGAAAAUACAAGGCAAAGACGUUUUGUCAGUGGACGAUUAGAGCCAGUAAACCCACAAAUAAAAUACUCAUAGAAACAGCUACCUUUGUGUUAGAAGGAAAGAUGGACCAAACGGGCUGCCAAAAUUCUGUGAUGAGAAUAUACAGUGAUAUCAACUCUGUGCAGCCUGCCGAGGUGCUGUGUGGCCAGAUGGGCACUAAUAUAGCUUUCCUCUCUUCGGGGGACACUUUUAGAAUAACAUUUGUGACAUCACUUCGGUCACUUGGUGGUAAAGGAUUCAAGUUAUCAUGGACAGAAGUCAAUGAAGAUGAUACCUGCUUUGGUUUUAAGUGUGCUAAAAACAACUAUUGCAUAUCGUCUGAAUUAAAGUGCAAUGAAUUACCCAACUGUGGCCGAGGUGAUGAGUCGGACGAGACAGCCGAAUGUCCAACUACAGCCGGGGUACAGAUUCUUCACAUAGCCAUAGGGACGUCCAUAUCUUCAUUUUUCUGUAUCAUCCUUUUAAUAUGUGGAUUUUACCACCGACGGAAAUUUCGCUCAGAAAGGACUCCUCCUGAUCAUGAUCAUGUAGAAGUAAGAUAUGUGUCUGCUCCGACAGGGUGCAACACAACAGACAGACUCCUCAUGGAGGAGAAGACUCAAGAGAGUCCUCGGUGUCAGAAGGUCUCUAUGGUAUGAUGGAGGCUCGUUCUAGUGUAUAUAGGAUUCAAAUUAUAUGUUAAACACAGGCAGCAAGCAAUUAUGUACAACUGGGCACCACCGCUUCCGUGUAUGAGUUGAUGGCGUAUGUUUGGAGUAUACUUGUGCAGUACCAUUGCAGUAUACUUGGAGUCCCCUUUGUGCACAUUAACAGUAUACUUGAACAGUAUUUUAAAGUCAUAAUUGUGGGGCAACUAAAGCUUUGUGUGGCAUGCUGUAGAAAGCCUUCAAAGAAGCGAGAUCCAUUGUCUGAAGAAAUGAUCAAGGGAGAACUAGAUUUCACCUCCCGUGGAAGAAGGAUGUGUUUCUGAUUGAAGAGCUCAUGGUACCUUUUGCAGUCCAAUGAAAUGAAAGAAAAUCAGAAAACUUUCAUUGGCAGUGUACAAAUUAGAAGAGAGUGCUUGUAGAAUACUGGAUAUGUUUUUGUUUAUUCAUACAAAAGACAGUACCUUGAAGUUUUCUUGGCACUAUCCAAUGUACUUAAUUUGCACUGUAUCAAGGCCAGCUUGUAUUGGAAUGGUUCCAUGUGGAAUGUCUAUAACAUGGACAUCAAGAACAUUAUACUACACUCAUUACAUUACAACAACCCAUUGGUUAUGGUGUUUCCACCAAACCCCCAAGUAAGUUGGCAUUGCUUAGCUUUCAUUAUUUAAUUGUGAUCUCGGCUUCUUCUACAUGAUAUUGAAUGAACAUUCUUAUAGUUUUACACAACCUGGACAUUUGACAUCAAUGUGUAUGUCCUCUAUUACAUUCAUCGGUACUUCACUCUAUGGUACGUAGGACAAACCUGUUGUCUCUGCGAUGCACAUUUGGAUUAUUUAACAAUUAUGAAUGGCUUGAUUGGCUGUAUAUUCUAUUGAAAUGCAUCCUGUUCUACAAUAAUGGAUGAAACCCACAGUUCUUACCUAAAUACAAGUGAUAAAUGACCUGAGUACUAUGAUAACCCUUGGUCCACUGAACUGAACCUCAUGAUGACAAGCACAUGAUCUCCUCGUGAAAGAAAGGUCUAUUCAUGAGUUUGUUCUUGUACUGGACUCCCUUGACAUUCAGAACAUCUCCAGGACAAUGGACUCUCUUGACAUUCAGAACAUCUCCAGGACAACUGAUAACCUGGUCCAGAAACUGAUCAUUUGUAUGUCAUCAGUAACCUAGUGCAUAUUAUAUGUACUUGCAACAGAAGUCAGUCCCAGAUGUAUUACCUACUUCAUCCGAAUGAAGACGACGAAGUCAGUCAACCCUUAAAUGGCAGUACCAUAUGACAGAAAUGACUAUGUUGGAUCUUGAAAUGUAACUUGAUGAAAGAUCUUUGGAAAGAGUAAUAUGAAGUAUUGUCACCCUGCAUGAUGGUAGGUACCAAACAGUUACCUCAUGUACAUGCUGCAAGUCUGAGUACAUACGUCAAGUAUUACCUCCACGACACACGCAUCGGAACAGUUAUCCUUCAGUUACUGUACUUCCUGUGGUGGUUGAGUUGAGACAACAAAGGAUUCAGAUGAUUACAUUGUAUACCUGGCAAUUAACAGGAGGAAGUUAAUUGUGUUUUGACAUAUUUAUGUGUACAGUUUCAAAUGUAAGGAAGAAAUGUGUACUGUCAAAAUAUCCCUACUAUUGCACUGGACAGUAUUAGUUGAUCAUUGAUGUCCAAGUGUGCAGACUUUUUUUUUGUACAUGCAUAUGUGUAAGAGAGACCCAGUGUAUGGAGUAUGGCCUAGAACAGUGCAUGGUAAUGUGUGUGCAGAUGUGUAGAAAUAUGUUGUGUAUGUACAUUAACAGUACACAGGGAACAGUAUUAUUGUUGUGCUGUCAGAGUACAUGUACAAAGGGUUUAGUUGAUCAUGACCAGUAUGCAUAGGCAGGACCCCUUUAAGAAGGCACUGAAGAAAAGGUGAACUGUGCUUGACCUAUGUAUGAUUGCCACAUGCAAUCUGGCCUAUUACUGCUUCUGGUCACGGAUUGCCUGACAUAUGUCUGAUUGUCACACGCAGUUCGGCCUAUUACUGCUUCU